UUUUGGUGGGUUGUCCUUCCGGUGUGAAAGGUCAAACGCACGUCCGAGAAGGCAAGAAGAAGCGAGGAGCGAAGAAAAACAUCCCCUGAAAUUUGUUAAAAGCUGUUUAAUAAUAUGUCCCACACCAUCCUGCUGGUGCAGCCCACCAAGAGGCCUGAGGGAAGGACGUACGCCGAUUAUGAAUCAGUCAAUGAGUGUAUGGAAGGUGUUUGUAAGAUGUAUGAGGAGCACUUAAAGAGAAUGAACCCCAACAGUCCAUCGAUAACGUACGACAUCAGCCAGCUCUUCGACUUCAUUGACGACCUGGCUGACCUCAGCUGUUUGGUGUACCGUGCCGACACGCAGACAUACCAGCCAUACAACAAGGACUGGAUCAAAGAGAAGAUCUACGUGCUGCUCCGCCGUCAGGCCCAGCAAUCGGGAAAGUGAAGCCACUGUGGGCUGGUUGAAUGGAUGGAUGGAUGUUGGGUGUUUUUUUUCUCUCUCCCUCUCUCUAUCUGUAACUUUUGUUCAAAGGGUUUUUUUUAAGUUUGCAAAAAGUUUUCCUUCUAUCAUGAGCCGCAUGGAUGUUUUCUAUAAUGUGACUGAAUAAACAUUUCCUUAAAAUAAA